AUGUCAAUAAAACUGGUAACCAUGCUGACAAUGAUAACAGAAAGUGAAAAUAAGAAAAACGUGAUGCUGCCGAAAACGACUGUUGUAAAGAUAACAUCUUCGGCAAUCAGUCUUGAUGAAGUUCAAUAUAGAAUGAGACGAAGAAAGUACUCAUUGACAUCACCACGUAUAUUUGAAUCAUCACCCGGUUAUUGUCAAACUACUGUCAUUAGUGGUUCUAAACGUUUUAAUUUUCAACAAUUGUAUUCAAUCGAUCUUGAUACACUGUUUCCAUCAUCUAAUGAAAAAUAUGACAUAAUUAGGAAACUAAGUUCAGGUGCCUAUUGUUCAUCAUAUUCAAUUCGAGAUUCGGUCAAUAAUCAAAUUUAUCUAUUGAAACGAUAUGAAUUAAAAAAUGUGUCACCAAAAUCUUCUCUAGGUGAAAAUAUUUAUAAACGUAUGCACGAAGAACGACGUUUACUUGGCGCACUGCAGUCAAAUUAUAUUCUUACAUUUAUAUCAUCAUUCACGGAAUAUGAUCAAGAUUGUUAUGCGAUUAAAUUUGAAUAUGUAACGGGUGUCACACUAUUUCAUCUUUUAAGACGAUUUCGUUGGUUGGAAGAGAAAGCGGUGUGCUUUUAUGGGGCGCAAAUUGUUCUUGCAUUAGAAUAUCUUCAUGAACUAAACAUUAUCUAUAGAAAUUUAAAAUCAGAAACAAUUUUAAUAGGUUUAAAUGGUUACAUUAAAUUAUGUGAUUUUGGUUUCGCUACAGUAUUGCCAAAUCGUGAAAGUAAAACAAGUACCAUUCUGGGUGUGCCUGAUUACAUGCCACCUGAAAUGCUUAUUGGUCAACCAUACUCAUUUUCUGUCGAUUGGUGGCAACUGGGCGUAAUUCUUUUUGAAUUAUUAACGUCUAUGACGCCAUUUUUUGCGCGUGAAAUGUUCAAAACUCACGUGAAGACAAUUUGUCUAAAUCGUUUUGAGUGGCCAAAUAGAGUGAGCGGUAUGGCACGACAAAUAGUCAAGAAUUUAUUAAACAAAGAAGUUUCGAAAAGAUUGGGAUGUACACUAUCAGAUGCAAGUGAAUUGAAACGUAAUUUGUGGUUUCAAAAUAACAUUGAAUGGACAACUCUGUUCGACCAACAAUACCCGGCACCUUAUAAAUUAAAAUCGUUGGAUCCGACUAAUAAUGCAACAAUUUUGAAUAGUAUUGAAUCUCGGCGGUUAGAAGAAUAUGAAACAACUGUUCAAGAAUUGACUAGAGAAGAUUUUGAUAACAACUAUACACAAGACAAUAAAGAUCAAUUUGAAGAUUAA